AUGCGGCGGAAUCAUCAGCUUUGGAUGAAAACGGAACCAGCUGCUUUGGUUCUACUGGUAGUAGCAGUAAGCGUGUCAGCGAUCAGGGUAGAUUGGAACACUAACACUGGACCAAUAGUACCCCCAACCAGCACACCAGCCCCUGUUCCACAGCCACCGUUCCGUGAUCCAGCUCCAGUGUGGGAAGAUCAAUCGGAUGACAUCCCGAAUCCUAACCCUUACAGGUACAUUCUACCACCUCCAUCGCGUCCCAAGUACAAUGACAUCACACUGGAGCAGCGUAAACAAUCCCAACAUCAGCAUCACCAGCAUCCCCAAAACGGUGCUCAACCCACCCCGCAAGCGAAUGCACCGCAGACCUCUACGACUGCCGCCCCGACAGGACAGAUCAUUGAUAAACCACAAUCCAACCAGCAACCGGCUUCCGGAGUUAAUGGUGUACCUCCGGCACAGCAUUCGACAGUGCACAGUCAGCCAGCUCAACAGCAACAGCACAUCGUGCCAAGUCUGGCGGUGCAGUACGUGCCAAACAAAGGUCUCAAGUACUACGCCGUCGUACCGAGACACACGGAAGUGUCGUACGGAUCUGCCAAGCAGGCCCUACUAGCCACCAACGAUCUCUACAACCAGCAGCAAGCACAGAGCAAGCACGAUAAGUACGAUAAACUCAACGGAAAGUACAAUCCGAAGCUGAAGAAGUACAAGGCCUACGAGAAGGUUAAAUACAUGCCGUACAUUGUGUACUACGAUGCUACCAAGCAGCAGUUUUACUACACUAGUGUUCCUUCAAAUAUGGUCAUAAAUAAUAGUUUGUAA